CAAAAUGGACAUUGAACAUUGAUCAUGUUGUUAAGUCAGGUGGCCUUUAGUACACGCUUGGCUGUUGGUUAGGUGAUGACGGCAGUGGAAAGCAGUCAGAGGGUAGAGGAUGAUAAGGAAAAGGAAGAGGAGAUACAACUAAAUCCACUGCAAGACACGUGGUCAUAUUACUUGUUUAUAUGCAAUAAAUCCUUAGUUUGGGAAGAAUGUACGGAAAAAGUGGCCACAUUUAGCACAAUUGAGCAUUUCUGGAGUGUACUGUCUCAUACAGUCAGGCCUUCUAAAAUGGUUAAUGGCAACGAUCUGUACAUGUUCAAGUGUGAUAUCCAACCAAAAUGGGAAGACCCGAAGAAUGAGAAAGGCGGACGUUGGUUGAUCAAUAUUUCUCAGCAACAUAAUGUUGAUUUUUUGUGGGACGAGUUAUUGAUGCUACUUAUCGGUUCUGAUUGGGAUACAGAUGAAGAAGAAGAGUUGAUAUGCGGGGCAGUAUUUCAACCUCGUGCUCGAGGUCAUAAGAUGGCAGUUUGGCUGUCUAGUGAUAACGAAGAGCGGACUAUAAUGCAAAUUGGAAAGCGAAUUAAAGAACGCUUAGAACUAGACGAGACAAUAUACUUUCAACCUGUUUGUGACCAGAAAAACUAUGCUAGAGGCAGAGAUAUACACACUGGAAAAUAUCAAACUUAAUUUUGUGCAAUGCAUUAGCAUUGAUUUUGUCAUCUUUUCCAAUUUUGUUUGAUUUUGGUCUUGCGCUUGACUGUGGACAGAUUCUGUACAUGUUUCCUUCUUAUUUUCUGUGUUCACUUGAAGGUUUUUUGAUCUUGUUAAAGUGAAGCAUUUUAAUAAUACAGUACAGUAUUACUAUUGAAUUGCUUUUAUUUGAACCUUAUUUGAACAACAACAGUAUGAUAUGAUGCUAGCCAUUCAUCGUUUCAUUUAAGCUGAUGGAUCUAUAUUUUUUUUUAAUAUGGAUUUAUCCUCACUUUCUUUGUUUUACAUUCUCCAAUCAUCCUGAUGUCGAAUUGUGUCCGCUUAGACAGUGGAUCAUAACCAUGGAAGAUUCUGCGUCAUUAAGGUUACCGGUUAAAUUUACUUUAUAUAUAUCGGGUGUUUUCUUUAGUGUGUUUUUCAUCACACUGAUGAUACUGUCUGUCACAGUUUAAUUUGUCUUGCAUGUAAUAUAACAGUCAUAUUGGAUUUCAUUGUAUGUUCUAAUUAACAGCGUUUAUUUAAUGAUAUGGAG